GAGGCGCGGAAGGCACCGGACGAAGCGGACGAGAGCCAGUGUGACUCGGGAAUCGAGUCUCUGCGCUCUCUGCGCUCCCUCCCCGAGCCCAGCCCGGGCCCCGUCUCCCGGCCCUCGGACGGCGGCGGCCCGCAGCCCUGGACCAGCCCUCCGGGGACCGCCGAGGCGCUACCAGAGGAGGAAGACGCGGAUGGGGAGCGGGCUGACUCCACCUACGGCUCCUCCUCGCUCACGGAGCCCCUGUCCUUGCUGGGGGACCCCGAGGCCGAAGACCCGGCCCCACGCUCGCCGCUGCCCCCCGCGGGAGCGCUGAGCCCUCAGCAGCUGGAAGCGCUCACUUACAUCUCGGAGGACGGAGACACGCUGGUCCACCUGGCAGUGAUUCAUGAAGCCCCAGCAGUGCUGCUCUGCUGCCUGGCUUUGCUGCCCCAGGAGGUCCUGGACAUUCAGAACAACCUUUACCAGACAGCACUCCAUCUGGCUGUACAUCUGGACCAACCGGGAGCAGUUCGGGCACUGGUGCUGAAGGGGGCCAGCCGGGAACUCCAAGACCAGCACGGGGACACAGCCUUGCAUGUGGCCUGCCAGCGCCAGCACCUGGCCUGUGCCCGCUGCCUAUUGGAGGGGCAGCCAGAGCCAGGCAGAGGACCAUCUCACUCUCUGGACCUUCAGCUACAAAACUGGCAAGGUCUGGCCUGUCUCCACAUUGCCACCCUGCAGAGGAACCAGCCACUUAUGGAACUGCUGCUUCAGAAUGGAGCUGAAAUUGAUGCGCAGGAAGGCACCAGUGGGAAGACAGCGCUGCACCUGGCAGUGGAAACCCAGGAGCGGGGUCUGGUGCAGUUUCUCCUCCAGGCGGGGGCCCGUGUAGACGCCCGCAUGCUGAACGGGUGCACACCCCUGCACCUGGCAGCAGGCCGGCGCCUCGACAACAUCUCAUCUACUCUGUGUGAGGCGGGUGCAGACUCCCUUCUGCGGAACGUGGAGGAUGAGACGCCCCAGGACCUGGCCGAGCCCCUUGUCCUUUUGCCCUUUGAUGACCUGAAGAUCUCAGGAAAGCCACUGCUGUGUACUGACUGAAGCCGGGGCAGGACCUAGGGCCCUGGGAGCACCACCUCUUCCCAUCUGGAAGCUGGGGUCAUAACUGCUGCAGUUGGGGCCCAGGCUAUGUGCUCAUCUGGUGUCCUGGGAACUGCUGAAGCCAAACCUGGGGCCAACACAGUCCUGAGCUGAGAGGAGGGAUUGCAAGUGAGAGAGCCAGUCUGGAAGGAAGAGCUUUCCAGGUGGAUGGAGCUUCUUGGAAGAUGCCCUAAAGCCCCGGGUGUCCUGGGCAAAGCCUGUUUGCCUCUCUUGAAGAUGGCAGGUGCUCUUGUUUCUACCCAAGUUGAGUGAGUCCCGUAGGAAAACAUGGACUCUCCUGAGUGAGAAGAGACUGAAACAGAAGCAGGCAGGACCUAAGAGGGUCCCACCUCACUGCUGUUGAGGACUCGAAAACACUGUUGUUUAAAGACCUCACACAAAAGACCCUGAACUGAGCCAUAAGGGAAGGGAAGUUUCAGUAACAUGACACUAAAAUGGCAGAGACGUUUACAAAGUUUUUCCCUUCUAGAGUUGUUUUGUGCGCAUGCAUUUCUGUGUCUACUGGGAACUUUUAGAGAGACCUCCCUUGCGACCUUGUGGUGGAGGCAGAGAGAAGGAAAUUUUCCCCUGAGCAUUGUAGGGCCUUGCUGGGUGCAUUUGGAGGCCAGCAGUCCUCAGGCCCUUCUCUGUGUCUAGCACAGACCCUUGUCCUCACUGUGGAAAUGCUGAGGGUUGGAGGGAGAAGAGGAGGAGUCAGAAGACAUAGGCCCCGGGGGCCUCAGCACUGCCCUGGAGGCUGCCAUCUGGAGAAACCUGGAGAGAAGGGUACCCUAGGGAGGCUGGCCUCAAGGAGCUGUGACUUCUUGCAUUCGUCCUCCCAUCCUACACCUUUGAGGGCCCUGCUAGGUCAGGCCUUUGCCAGCAUGAAGAAUGUGGGAGAGUAAACCAACACAGUUGCUACCACUUAGGGCUUCUAAUCUAGUAGACAGCCAUAAACAUCAUAAAGAUCAUAAAAACAUUAUAAACUUCCAAAUAAACAUGUAAUUUCAAGUU